GUGUUGUGUUAAAAGAGCUGCAGUCGUUAUGGAAGAAAAACUUCUCGGGCUGGCAGGCGGGGAGCGACUGCCAGCAAGCGCAAGGCCUCACAUGCGACUCAGACGGCAUGAUCACCUCCAUGCGCGUCAACACGUCUGCAGUGGUGAACUGGGAACCCGCCUCCGUCACUCGGCUGUCGCGCCUCACCCAGCUGGAGUUUUCACAAGUACCCCAAUUUCCAUGGGGGUCCCUCUACAACAUGACGUGGCUCAAAUCCCUGGCGGUGGACUGCUUGCCACACACGCAUUACGGCAUCCCCGAUGGGAUGGCGAACUUUACUCAGCUCACCAGGCUGAGAAUCAGCGACUGUGGUUUUGUUAAUGAGCUUGGCAAGUUGACUCGGCUCUCCAACCUUUCGGAACUAGAGGUUCCAUUCAACCGCAUAUCGUCCAUUAUGGAUGUCACCAACAGCAACUUCCCCACACUCGCGAAACUGAAUCUGAGCUCCAACCCACUCGAGCCCGACAGCCUCAUGCACCUGUCUCGUCUCUCCGGCCUCACCACUCU